UUGGUUUUUGGAAUAGUUUUUAAAUAUUUCCAUUUUAUUUUUCUAUCUAAUUACUAUAGACUCGAUUUUUAUUAUCUAUUACCUAACUAUUAUAAGUGCCGGUUUCAAAGACGGUACAAGAACGGUAUUUCAAUUCUACGGUUUCGGAUUGGGUUUUGAAAACGGUUUUUUUAAAGUCUUAGGUUUCGGUUACGGUUUUUUAACCGGUGUUAUAAGCUUUUGGUUCCGGUUCCAGUUUCGGUGUUUAGAAAUGAGAAAACCGGUUUCGUUCCCUGGUUAUUUGUGUUGCAAAAUUGAUUAUCAAGAAUUAGUCUAUAGAUUAAGAUUUCAGAUUUCAAUUAUGGGAAAAUUUAAAUUAUUUAAAAAUUUAAAAUAAAUUAAUGAUUUUAUAAAAUUUGUUCUGUUAAAUUCAACAUAAAAUUAUACUCCUUUAUUUAAAGUUUGGAAUAGUAAUUCAACAAUUACUGGCUUAAAUAAAUGGUGAAGACUAGAAAUCAAAUCGAUCAUAAAUAUAAUAGCAUAGAUACCAAAUAAUUGUAUGAAAAACAUUUACGUGUUAAAUAAAUUAUUUAUAAAUAAAAUUAUAAGUCUAGCAUUAUAAUAUUAAAUACAUAUUAUAAUUUAUACAUAUUCAAUACAAUUAUUGUACACUGACGACACACCAGCUCAACGGACAAAUGGAAAACAAACCUUACCAUUGUGAUGUAUGUGACAAAGCGUUUUCUUUAAAUUAUAGUUUAAAAGCACAUCGACGUACGCACACUGGUGAAAAACCAUACAACUGUGAUGUAUGCGACAAGUCGUUCAGCCACAGUGGCCAUUUGACGGCACAUCGUCGCACACACACUGGCGAAAAACCGUACGCGUGCGAUGUAUGUGACAAGUCGUUCUCACUAAGUUUCAACUUGACGAAACAUCGACGCACACACACUGGCGAAAAACCAUACGCAUGCGAUGUAUGCGACAAGUAUUUUAACGACAGUGGCCAUUUGACGGAACAUCGACGCACGCACACUGGUGAAAAACCAUACAACUGUGAUAUAUGUGACAAGUGUUUCACUCAAAGUGGCCAAUUGACGGCACAUCGUCGCACACACACAGGCGAAAAACCAUACACGUGUGAUGUAUGUCAGAAGGCUUUCUCCGUAAUUAGUAAUUUUACAGCACAUCGACGCAUUCACACUGGCGAAAAACCAUACGCAUGCGAUGUAUGCGAAAUGUCUUUCACUCAAAGUGGCCAAUUGACGGCACAUCGUCGCACACACACAGGCGAAAAACCAUACACGUGUGAUGUAUGCGAUAGGUAUUUUAACGAAAGUGGCCAUUUGACGGCACAUCGACGCACACACACUGGCGAAAAACCGUACGCGUGCGAUGUAUGCGACAAGUCGUUCUCUAUCAGUGGCAGUUUGACGGUACACAAGCGGACGCACACUGGCGAUAAACCAUACGCAUGCGAUGUAUGCGACAAGUCGUUCUCUGUCAGUGGCAGUUUGACGAUACACAAGCGGACGCACACUGGCGAUAAACCAUACGCAUGCGAUGUAUGCGACAAGUCGUUCUCACUAAGUUUCAACUUGACGAAACAUCGACGCACACACACUGGCGAAAAACCAUACGCAUGCGAUGUAUGCGACAAGUAUUUUAACGACAGUGGCCAUUUGACGGAACAUCGACGCACGCACACUGGUGAAAAACCAUACAACUGUGAUAUAUGUGACAAGUGUUUCACUCAAAGUGGCCAAUUGACGGCACAUCGUCGCACACACACAGGCGAAAAACCAUACACGUGUGAUGUAUGUCAGAAGGCUUUCUCCGUAAUUAGUAAUUUUACAGCACAUCGACGCAUUCACACUGGCGAAAAACCAUACGCAUGCGAUGUAUGCGAAAUGUCUUUCACUCAAAGUGGCCAAUUGACGGCACAUCGUCGCACACACACAGGCGAAAAACCAUACACGUGUGAUGUAUGCGAUAGGUAUUUUAACGAAGGUGGCCAUUUGACGGCACAUCGACGCACACACACUGGCGAAAAACCGUACGCGUGUGAUGUAUGCGACAAGUCGUUCUCUGUCAGUGGCAGUUUGACGGUACACAAGCGGAAGCACACUGGCGAUAAACCAUACGCAUGCGAUGUAUGCGACAAGUCGUUCUCUGUCAGUGGCAGUUUGACGAUACACAAGCGGACGCACACUGGCGAUAAACCAUACGCAUGCGAUGUAUGCGACAAGUCGUUCAGCCACAGUGGCCAUUUGACAGCACAUCGACGCACACACACAGGCGAAAAACCGUACGCGUGCGAUGUAUGCGACAAGUCGUUCCCUGUCAGGGGCAGUUUGACGGUACACAAGCGGACGCAUGUGUCACACUGAACAGCCUGAUCAAAGAUCUAUGAUCCAAGGGUCAUAUAAAAUAGAAUAAAUCAUGUUAACACUGUAUUAUUAUGCUAGCACUGGUAAAGUGUUUAUUUUGUCAUGUACAUUAUGUAUAUAAAUGUAUGUAGUUGUUUAUUAAUACUAAAUUGAUAACAUUGUCAUAUGCAUAAAUAAAUACUAAGUUUCGUAUGGUUUUUAAUGUUUAUUUUUCUAUUGAAUUACUAUCAUACAAAUUAUCAUUUAAACGUGACAUAAUUUCAGUGGUAAUUAAUAGUAACACCUAGUAUUUUAAAGAUUCACUGUUUUGGUAUUUGUAUGUACUAAUUUGAAAUAAGAGGUACGUUUGUGAUGAAUUAAAAAAAAAAUCUUACGUAAUCUAUCGUAAUUGCUGUGAAUAUUGAUUUAAAUAUUACACAUUUUCAAGUGAUACUAACCAUUUGAAUUAGUUAAACACAUAUUUUUUAAUUGGUUUAUGAACAAGUUAUUAG